AUGAAAUUUGAUUGUUUAGGUGAAAGUGCCUGUGAAAAUGAAGGUCAAUGUUUUCAAGACAGUCCAGAUUGUCCACAAAGGUCAAUGUGUAUUUGUCCAUCAUGUUUUUAUGGAACACGAUGUCAAUUUAGUUCGAAUGGAUUUGGUUUAUCACUUGAUGCUAUCUUAGGCUAUCAUGUUCAACCACAUAUUAGUCUUAUACAUCAACCAAAUAUUGUAAAAACAAGUUUAGCAUUGACUAUAAUCUUUAUGGUAGUAGGAUUUAUCAAUGGAAUUUUAGCUGUAAUUACAUUCAGCAAUAAAACUGUAUGUGAAGUUGGUUGUGGUUUAUAUCUAUUAGGUUCAUCAAUAACCACUUUACUUACAACGAUUAUAUUUGGAUUGAAGUUUUGGAUACUUUUACUUGCACAAAUGGCACUUAUAUCUAAUAGAUUAUUUUUACAAAUUCAAUGUUUAUCUCUGGAUUUUAUUUUACGAGUUUCUCUUAAUUUAGAUCACUGGUUAAAUGCGGCUGUUGCCAUGGAACGCGCAAUGACAAUAAUAAAAGCUACACAUUUUAGUAAGCAAAAAAGUAAACAAAUAGCUAAAAUAGUUAUUGUUAUUCUUUCGAUUCUCAUUAUUGGUACAGCAAUUUAUGAUCCUUUUUAUCGACGUUUAAUUGAUGAGGAAAGUGAAGAUGAUAAACGAGUAUGGUGCAUUAUUACUUAUCCAACUAGUGUACAAAUAUUUAAUUCUAUUGUACAUACUUUUCACUUUUUGACUCCAUUCAUUAUUAAUCUCAUAUCAGCUAUUAUUCUAAUAACAAAAAAAGCUCGUCAACAAUCGAAUCUUCAGACGGGUCGACCUUAUAAAGAACAUUUACAAAAACAAAUUCAACAAUAUAAACAUUUAUUUACUGCUCCAGUUGUAUUAGUUAUUCUUGCAUUACCACGUUUAAUCCUUUUAUUUUUAUCAAAAUGUAUGAAAUCAACAGAUGAUGCAUGGCUAUUUCUUAUUGGAUAUUUUAUUUCAUUUAUUCCAACUAUGCUGACAUUCGUAGUGUUUAUAGUACCAUCAAAAUUUUACAAAAAACAACUUCAUCAGUCUCUUACUGCUUAUCUAACUAACAUCCAACGACAUUUUAAAUCUAUUAAAUAA